UCUCAUGCAAUGAGAUGCUAAAGCUUUUAUCGCAUAGAAAUAGCUUUGAAAAGGCAAGGCACUUCACAGUGCAGAGAACCAAAGAUGGUGGAUGGAAUCAUGAAGGAAUUGCCCGAAGAUCUGGUGAUAUAUAUAAUUCUAAUGCUUCCAGUGAAAUCUUUAUUGCGAUUCAAAUGCUCCUGUAUAACUUUUUGCAAUAUCAUAAAGUCAUCCACCUUCAUUAAUCUUCAUCUCAAUCGUACAUCAAGCGCCAAGGAUGAAUUGAUUCUCUUCAAGCGUUCCUUCAAACAAGAAGAACCCAAUCUUCAUAAAAAUGUCAUGUCUUUUCUUUUCAGUGAAGAUGCUUUUAGUCUUAAGCCUAUUUCUCCAGAUGUAGAGAUUCCGUAUCUGACCACCACUAAUGCCAGUGUUUUUCAUCAACUCAUUGGCCCUUGCAAUGGUUUGAUUGCCUUGACAGACUCCUUGACCAUUAUCUUAUUUAAUCCAACAACUAGAAAUUACAGACUGAUCCCACCUUGCCCUUUUGGUAUUCCACAGGGUUUCAGACGUUCCAUUAGUGGUGUUGGAUUUGGCUUUGACUCGAUCGCAAAUGAUUACAAGUUUGUUAGGAUAUCAGAAGUUUACAAGGAUCCUUGUGAGAAAGACAUGAAAGUUGGGGAUGGUACUGUAGUUCAAUUAUUUUAGAAGCUGUAUAACUCGUCAACUCCAACUUGAUGAACUAGUUAUCUAAUUGUAUACGGUAUAAACCGGACAUGGUAAAUCGGGCCUGGAACAUGCGGAACCGGAGAUCGACCCCGGUCCCAUCGGGCCAGAACCCAAGAUCAGUAUAUCCGUCUUCGAGAACAUUGAGUCCGUAAUCCUGGAAUUGCCCCUGACCCCGAACGAGCUCGAGGUAACAUUGUUAGUGUAACCCACAGAAGACCGAAAUAACAGAAGGCCGAAAUAUCCGUGACCGAUCGGAUAUUGCGGCGGGGA